UUCAGUUUCACUUUCUGAACGAUAAGGACGCUUGUUAAAAUAUUGUCACUGUUAAAUUUUUGGAAGUGUUAAUUUCUUAACUCAAACAAAAUGGGUCGUGAAUUGCACCCAGAAGCUCAGUACGCCUCCAUACCACUGGUUGUAGAUACAAGUAGAUUUUCCGAGCAAGAUUUUGAAUUGUUCCUUGAAAGUUCUGAAAUUAUUGAAAGAUCCCAAGGCAAACGUAAAACUUCUCGUAAAUCUGGGAGCAAUCGAAGCUUUACAUCCAGUAACCGAGAAGAAUUAUUUGAAGUUAGUGAAGUUGACGACAAUGAAUUUCUGGAAAUUGCCUCGAGCGCGUGUAAUAAUAUUGAUGUGAGUAUCAGGAACCUAUCAGCGGACAUCGAAAAAUUGUUUAAUGAUUUGGUGGAAGAGGACGAUGUUUGUAAAGAUAGUGAAGCAAAGAAACUGCGACAAAGAAAAAUAGUCGAAAGAAAAGGAGCUCACGCGAAACGUUUAUUGGCAAAACGAGAUAUUCAGGAAAAAUCUUCAGUGGAUAAGCCGGUGCCUGAACAGCGUGUUGAGAAUUACAGACCAACGCCUAAGAUCAGUGUUAUAGUUAGCAGCACUCCAAAUACCAAGCAUCAUGAAGUAAAAUCGGAGGUGAAGAUCAGGAUGCAACAAUUUACAACAAAUUCGAACCAAGCGGUUAGUCAGUCAAUGAGUUCACAAGUUAAAGUAUCUGGCGUUAAAGAAAGAGUAUCUUUCUUUAACCAGCUUUCAAGGAACUUCAGUGUCAAUCGAACCGAAUUCUCUAUCAUUUCCAAGAAGUCAUUCGAAAAACCCGCAGCAGUCUACAGAAGCAUCGUUAUGGAGGAAAAACCGGAGACAUUGGUUAAAGAGCCAGAAUGCAUACCUUGCGAACAGAAUUUUGUUAAAAACCGAAUUAAGCAGUUCGAGCUAGCCAGGGAAACGGGUAGUCGAGCAGACCACACCAGCGAAAUAACGCACAGAAAUAGCCUAGAGUCGCUUAUUAGUAUGUCAAACGAGAGGUUUGUAUCUAAAGUGCGUUCAUAUUUCGAGAAAAACCAAGAUGGGCUCGUUCAAAGUACGCGAAACGAUACAAGGAACGAAAAUCAAUCUACGAUUCGAUGUGAGAAUAAAUGUGGUACUUCUGAGGAUGUAAAAAGGAUUACCUCUGUUAAAAGUCAGCAAAUCUGUGCAAAAAGUGAAACUAAAUGUGAAAUCAAUACGAAUGAGGGAGUGCCAACAAAUCUAAAGAAAAAAUCAAAUUGUGAGGACCUAGCCUUAAAAUUUGACAAGUACAGGAAUCAAUCUGAAGCUCCGAAAAAUUCCCAUCGAGUGACUUCUACAAUUUCCCAGCCGAACUCACGUGGUCCAGCAAAACAUUCCAAGUACCAUGAAAACUGCAAAGUUCAGCCUAAGACUUUGUAUAAUGCAAAGGAGAAAGUAUCCGCGAUUUUUACAAAAAAAACAUGCGAUUAUUCCAAGAAUCUAGCGAAGCCUGGAAGUCACUCUAAACUGGGAUCACAUUCACGUGGAAGUACUUUACUUGACCUCCGGAGGAAAUUAUGUCAAGACCCAGUAAAGCAUGAAGUUUGCAGGAUUUUGCCUAAAACUAAGUAUAAUUCAAAAGCGAGUGUCCCACCACCUUUCCGGAGUGACCCAUCGAACCCCCAACCAAAUCCACUGCAUUUAAAUAGCAAAGCUAAGCGCGACACCCAGUACGAUCCACAAGAGGGUACAUCGACCAAUUUUCAAAAGAAGGUUCCCUCUUGUACUUCACUUUCUUCAGCAACUUCUCUUCCUCCUUGUGUAAGAACUGUCGACUACAUAAAAUCAGGAAGCACGUCCGCAGCCUCAUCAUCCAAAACUACCCCAGAAAAAUACAAUCCCUUCAUCGAGAGUGAAAAGAGCUUGAAAAAACUCGCCGACAUCGUUCGUACAAUUCGUAAAGCACGGGAUCAAGGUAUGCCCGAGGUUAGCCGUGAUUUGUUUCACAUGUUCAAGGAGUCACUGAAAGCAGCAAAUUCGAAGUUGUGUCACUCGAAAUAUAACGCGACAACUACUCCCAAUCAACGAAUCGCUUUGGUGAAGCCGACAGUUACUAGUCCCAAAUUUUCACGAGCUCUAGAUGCAAUAUCAAAGGCGAGAAAAAUUAAGGAAGCAGCUAAGAAACCUAGUGGACGUCUCCAUCCAUACAAAGUCAAUGUGGAAUUAACGGAUGAAUCAGAGCUGACCUAUGAAGGAUUCGUGGCAUCUCUUCAAACUUUUUGAGUGGAUUACUUAAUCACAGAAAUUACUUAAAUUUUGUAAAAAUUUGAUAUUUUCAAAAACUCUGACUUGAAAUGUUCUUACAUUCUAUUGCAUUGAAAUAUGUAUCUUUGAUAUAAUUGAACAAUUUGAAAUAAAAAAACUAAAAACAAUACAACGCA